AUUCCUCGACUCUUGUUUUUCUCCCCUCCGCACCUAUUAUCUUGCCUGCCCUCUUCUUGCCUUGCAUCUUCACUCAAACGUCAACACACGAUUCUCCUCGCUCGUCGCACGCGACAACCUACACGAACCGGCCUACGCAUCAAAUUAUCGUUAUCGUCCUUUCGCCCAGAAGCUCGCUGUAGCUUCCUAGACACACCUAUUCCGUCCACGACACACGCUCGUUUCCCGACCCCGCAAAACUCAAAAAAUGGCCCCUCCGCCUUACGGACUCACUGAGGAGCAGUACAAAGACUACAAGCAGGUCUUUUCCAUCUUUGAUCGCGAUGGCACCGGCGCCAUCAACGCGGAGGAGUUCCAGAUCGCCAUGAAGUCACUUGGGCUGAACCCCAGCAUUCAGGAGGUCAACGAGCUCAUCGCCGAGGUCGACCCCAAUAACGACGGUGGAAUUGAUUUCGAAGAAUUCCUCCAACUCAUGAGCGAGGCACCCGCGCCCUCAAGCAAAGAUUCCGACACCAAUACCGAGCUCGUCGCCGCCUUCAAGGUCUUUGACAAGGACAACAGCGGCUCCGUCUCGCCUUCGGAACUGCGCCAGGUGCUGCUGUCCCUCGGCCAGCGCGCCACCGACGAGGAGAUUGAGGAGAUGAUCAGAGGUGCCGAUCUCGACGGCAACGGUUCUAUUGAUUAUCAAGAAUUCGUCCAGCUCAUGGCUCCGAAAGACGGCAAGAAGUAGAAACAGUGUUCUGCAAACGCUAGAAGCAGCAGCAGCGCGACAAACGGUUUGUUGGCGGGGCGAUCUUUCUUUGAUUUUGGGUCC